CAAGCCUCCUUUCCUCCGGCACUCCACCUCCUCGAGCACUCCUGCCCAUUCUUCUCUCUCCCAUGGAGGGCGAAGGUUGCGACCGUCACUGCUCCGUGUACGGGGCGACCCUGUUGAUGGCAGCAACACCGUGGAGCAUGCCCACAUGAGGUUGAGGAUAAUAAUUUUUUGGGGUAGGGCUAUCUCACACCCACUUGCCCACGGUCGAUUUCCGACAGGAGCAUCUUUCCUUCUUUGGCAUAUGGUCUUUAUUCCUUUUCUAAUCUGCACAAAAAUUCAUAUGUGACUGGUUCACCUUCCUUUGUAGCAUUGUGUCUGGCUUAACAUAGAUGGAAUGUUUAGAGAAAGACAGUGGCCCCAUGGCUGAAUUUAGGAGAGAGGAAUUUAUUAGAGGAAAGGCACCGAGCCCCACAGUUGAAUUCAAGGUGGGGGUCUGGGGAAUACUUAUUAGUAGAAGAAAGUCACCGAGCAUGCAACCAUCCAACACUUUCCGCGUGGGCAUCGAGUGCCGCAGCGCUCGCACGAAGGAGCCCCCGAUGGCACCGGCGCAUGCUCCUGGAGGCGGCGAUGACGUGACCGUGGCACAGUGCCCAAUCUGCAUGGAGGAGCUGGUGGACAACAACAACCGUGGACUCGUCACAAGAUUGCCCGGCUGCUUGCACUCCUUCCACGAAAGCUGCAUCGCACAAUGGUUCUGCAGGGCGGCCACGUGUCCGUGCUGCCGGCGCGACAUGCCAACCUACAGUAUCCGCGCGUACCCGCUGCCAUCUUACUACCCGGAGACGACCAUUACGGUCGCGCUGCCCAUUCCGCGCCGUCCUCCACAAUGAUGAGAUCGUUCCCCUGUACUGCACAGCAGGGCAGUAUGCUGGCCCGGUGGAGAAGGAUGAUGCCAGGUUUCGAGCAUGUAUUGUGGUGUAACCGAACAUUGCUCAAAAUCAACCUAUUUUUCGACAAUGUAAUAUGUCUCUGUGCUUUUUUCAAUUGAAUGAAGACACGCAUUUGGUUUUUUAAACCGGACGACUGAAUUCACAGAUGGUGACGGUUGAUAUAUUUUGAUAGUUCCUUGGAUGCUGAAUGUGGA